AUGAAAAUACCACGGCCCGUCCAUUUGCUGCUGGACUGGGAUGGCACUUUGACCCGCAAGGACACCCUUUCUCUGGUCGGUAGCAUGGCAUACUACGCCAACCCCGACACAUCUCUACCACCAUGGUCAACUUUUGUAGAUGGAUGGAUGACUGACUACACCGACCACGCAAAUCGCUAUGAACCCAUCACACCCGCCAGAACAACUCUGGAUCAAGAACGACAAUGGCUAGCGAGUCUUGCACCCAUCGAAAACAAAAGCGUCCAUCGCGUCGAAUCAAGUGGUAUAUUCAAACGUGUCAAGGCCAGCCACGUCGACCAUAUCGCUGCUUCAUCCAUCAGACGCGGGGAUCUGCAACUGCGCAGCCAUUGGCAUCUGCUUUUUCACACUCUGCUGUCCAAUCCAUCCAAUAAGAUCAGCAUUCUGAGUGUGAAUUGGAGUGCUCGUUUCAUUCGCCAGUCUCUACUCUCCGCGUCCUCAAAUCUUGCAUCUCCGGACAAUGAAUCACUGACUUCUUAUGUCCGUACUAUGGAUAUCGAGGCGAAUGAAAUCUCCAAUCUCGAGCACACAGAGGGGAGUGAUGGUAGGUUGUCCAAGGAUUCUAGCACUGGUAUACGCACCUCUGCGGACAAGCUGCUCCGCCUACCGCUUCGCUGUCAACAAAAGCUCGACAAGUCCAUCUCGACAACAGAGGCAAUCGAGCAACAGGAAGAAAUCGUCGUCUAUAUCGGCGACUCCGCUACCGAUCUUGAAGCUUUACUUGCAGCAGAUGUGGGAAUUUGCAUCAGAGACGAUCCCAUGGGAAGCAGCCAAAAGGAACUAUAUGAUACGCUUCAACGGAUCGGCGUAAAGAUCCAGAAUAUAGAUGAGGGUAUAGACAUGAAGCAGAAGACAGGCCAUGUCGUCUAUUGGACGCAAGAUUUUGAUCAGGUGGCUAAAGCGUUAGCAGGCCUGGCAUCGUGA